UGUGCUCUCGUUUCCGUGGCAACCAGCGCCAAGGAGGGGGCCUUGUCGUGGAGCGGUCGCCUGUUAAUGACGUCAUCCUUCUACGAGCAGGCGGGGUGGCGGUUAGUUGACUUCUGUGUCUGCCUGUCCCAAGCGCGCGGGAAGGCUGGCGCCGCGCGGCGCAGCUGGGCCCGGGGUCCUUAUGGCGACCGGUAGCACCGCGAGAGAGGUUUGAAAACGAGGGUCUGCGCACGGCUCUUUCGCUUACUUCGGUCACCUACUCGUUGUCGGGGCUACUGCCCCGCCCCGCCUAUCAAUGGCGCUACCCGCCGUGCACAAGUGUCUGCAACUCAGUGAUGAAAAUGAACAACUACUUAAGAAGCUGAAAAGGCUGCACAGGAAAAAUAAACAGCUAGAAAGUGAUUUGGCUCAGAUUCAGGAGAAAUUACAUCUGCAGCAGUUAAUGCAUGACUAUGUCACAAGCAGAGAUGUUCAGGUUCAAACAGAAGCCUACUUAUGGCACACGAUGAGUGACAUUCCCAAAAAGGAACUCAGACGGGCAGGGGAAAGUGCUAGACUACUUCAGAUGUAUAAUAAUCUACAGAAGCAUUAUGAUAAAGAAAUAAAAAGAAACCAGGAACAAAGUGAAACAAUUAGAAAUCUCACAGUUAAAAUUAAUGAGCUAGAACAACAACUUCAAGGGCAAAAACAAAGAAUUGAGCAGCUAGAAUUUAAAAAGAUUGCUAAAAAAGAUAGCAGUAUUUCUGGAAAAAGGACUGCAACUGCAGAGGGAGAAGUGACAUCUCGUAGAUGCAUAUGCAAAAAGAUGGGAGGUUGUUCCUGCAAAUACAUAGAUAUAUUACUAUUUGAAAUUCAGAAGCUGAAGAAAGAAAAUGAAAAGUUGUCUACAGAAAGGAGAGUGCUCAGAAAUGAAUUAGCUGGGCUAGACAAGGAGUUUUUUGAUGAGAUAGAAGAUUUAAAGCAUGCUCUGCAAGAAUCAGUUAAACUGAAUAAUCAGUAUGAAAAGUGCUUGAAACGAAUCAGUGCAACAUAUGGACUUCCUUUUACUUUAUAUUCUGUAACGUAGUUAAUUGCUAUAACUUAAUAGCAAUUAAACGCCCUGUUUACAUUGUUAUAUUUAAUGUUUAGUUCCCUCUGCAAAACAAACCAAACUCAAUUCACUAUCAGGUAGCAUACAACUUUCAUAAAAUAAUCAUGACUUUGAAUUCAAGAUAUAUUAAUGCUUUCAUAUUUUGGAUAAUGACCUUAUGUCUUUUGGCAUAGUUUUAAAAUAAAACAUGUCCUUUGAAAAUUUUA